AAACAAAAGUUAAAACGCCCUCACUGAUCUAAUUAGAAAGGAAAUCUGUGUUGAUCGAGAUGCCUUGGCUCUCGGUCUAAUUACUCUUCUGUGUUUGGGGCUAGUUAUCAAAAGGAGAAAAUGAAAGAGGUGCCAGAGAACUGUAUAUCUGAGAUCCUGUCAUUUACUACUCCUCGCGAUGCCUGCAGACUCGCAGCAGUCUCCAAGGCUUUUAGAUCUGCAGCUUCCUCAGACUCUCUCUGGGACAAAUGGCUUCCUGCCCAUUAUGCCCAAAUCCUCGCUAACUCUGUUUCUCCUAUCACUUUCUCUCCGAAAAAACAACUCUACUUUCACCUGUGUCAGUCAAUCUUUCUGAACGGAGGAACCCAGAGAUUUUGGCUACAAAGGCCAACUGGAAAAGUGUGUUAUUUGUUAUCUUCUAGAGAAUUAUCAAUCGUCUGGGGUGAUGAUGAACGCUAUUGGGGGUGGAGUCCUGGUGAAGUUGCGAAUUCCAGUUUCACGGAAGUGGCCGAAGUAAAGAAGGUUGCGUGGUUCGAGGUAAAGAGCAAAUUUGACUGCAGGCUGUUGUCGCCAAAUACAGACUACUCUUUGUCAUUUCUGAUUAAAUUUGGACCCCGCCCUAUUGGGUGGAAUGUGCUUCCCCUGAAAUUUUCUAUUACAACUGUAGAAGGUGAUGAAGUGAAAUCAGGUCGGCUGUUAAGGGACAGGGAAGGAGCAAGCAUAGAUCCAAAUUUGAAGAUCGCUCCUUUGAAUUAUCAAAGUAAUGGGUGGAUAGAAGUUGUUGCAGGGGAAUUUACUGUCAAAGCGUACACUGAUUCUGAGGUGCCAAGAUACGUGGAAUUCAGUAUGAAAGAGGUAGAUUCUGGUCGUUGGAAAUCUGGACUAUUUUUUGAUGGUGUUAGGAUUCAACCCAUAUCAGCUUAGUGGUUUUGGUAUGUAUCAGUUUUUGUUGUCGGAGUGGUUUUGUGACAUUUACAAAAUUGGUGUGAUGACGUUUCUAGAAUAAGAUUGUGUCAGAAAGCUGGUACUUGAGAUUGACUGUACUUGAGAUUAACUGCAGGCCUAUAAUUUUGAAUAAGGCUCUGUAAUAUAACCCAAAAUAUAUGAAUAUAGUUCCCCUCACCUUUGAAGGUAGAUAAUGUUUUCACCCUUCUUUCUCUCUGAUAUCUUUUAGGUUGUUGCCUACAGGGCAGCUCUUUUCUGCAUGUAAGAAUCUUCGCAUAAGAAUAGGAGCAUUUUCACUGUA